ACGCGCCUGGAUCCACGGGCUGCUGGAGAGAGAGAGAGAAAGAGAGACAGAGAGAGAGAGAGAGAGAAAGAGAGAGAGGGGGAGAGAGCUGUUGUGGACGCGCCGGCCUGUGAGCUUGUGGUGGUGGUGCUGUUGGUGUAUGUGGGAGCAGGAGGAGAGACUCUGCAGUGUCUUGGCAGCUGCAUUCGUGCAUCUCCCAUCGUCCGCGAUGCCUCCACGGCCAUUGCCUGCCUCCUCCGCGUCCACUUGACAAUAGAAACCGAUAUGAACUCGUCGGGAAACUGAGCCGGAGGUUCACACCACAGCUCCUCGUUUAUAUGUCCCCGGAGACAGUCCGGAGCGCUUCAUUCACGCACCGAAACCGAGAAUAUUUUUUUAAUGGAAAAUGGCGAUAGGCAAAAGGUCUUGCAGCAUCGUCUGCUUGGUAUCUAUCCAGAUUAUCUUGAUUUUCAGCGCAUCGUGGCCUGGAGCAGCGGCUCUCACAUUCCCCCAGCAAUACACGAUAAUGCACUGGGCCAGACGCAUCGAGCAGGAGAUUGACAGAGUCUUUCAGCAAAUCACUGGAGCUCAGCAGUUGAAAGGGAUAUACAAUGAAGAAAGAAGACGAUUUAGUCUGGUGAAGAAUCAGCCUCGGAAGAUUGUGGAGAAGGUGGCCUCAGACAUAGAAAAACUCCUGGCUAAGAAGCGUAAAGCCCUUGACAGGUUAGCCAGUGAAGCAGAGCGGCUCCAGCGAGAGCAUCUAUGGCAGGAUGGGAUCAAGGAGCUGGACAUGGCUUAUUAUGACUCUAAAGCUGAGCUGGAUUAUUAUUCCAUGGAUGGAGAAGGAGAGGUGGAAAACCCAUCACACAUCAAGCUGGAGUUUGUUUAUGAUCCAAACUUCAAAAACAAUGUCAACUAUUCAUACACAGCUGUUCAGAUUCCCACAGAUAUUUAUAAAGGAGCUCCAGUCAUUCUGAAUGAGUUGAACUGGACGCAGGCUCUGGAGAAAGUCUUCAUGGAGAACAGCCGGGAGGAUCCGUCACUGCUGUGGCAAGCGUUCGGGAGUGCGACGGGCGUCACCCGCUACUAUCCAGCGACACCUUGGAAAGCACCUGAUAAAAUCGACCUGUAUGAUGUCAGGAGGAGGCCCUGGUACAUCCAGGGCGCCUCAUCCCCUAAAGAUAUGGUCAUUCUUGUUGAUGUGAGCGGUAGUGUCAGCGGACUCACCCUAAAACUGAUCAAAGCGUCCGUGAUGGAAAUGCUGGACACUUUGUCUGAUGACGACUAUGUCAACGUGGCCAGGUUCAAUGAGAAGGCCGAGGCCGUGGUUCCUUGCUUCAAACAUCUCGUCCAGGCUAAUGUGCGCAACAAAAAGAUCUUCAAGGAUGCAGUGCAGCAGAUGCAGGCUAAAGGCACCACUGACUACAAGUCUGGAUUUCAUUUUGCCUUCAACCAGCUGUUAAAUAAGACAAAUGUACCCCGGGCUAACUGCAAUAAAAUAAUCAUGCUGUUUACUGAUGGAGGGGAGGACAGAGCUCAGGACGUCUUCAUGCAAUACAACUGGCCCAACAAAACGGUUCGAGUAUUCACCUUUUCUGUGGGUCAACACAACUAUGAUGUCACUCCCUUACAAUGGAUUGCAUGCACCAAUAAAGGUUACUAUUUUGAGAUCCGUUCCAUCUGUGCUAUAAGGAUUAACACCCAGGAGUACCUCGAUGUGCUGGGGCGCCCCAUGGUUCUGGCAGGCAGCGAUGCCAAACAGGUUCAGUGGACCAAUGUGUAUCAGGAUGCAUUGGGUCUUGGCAUGGUAGUAACUGGGACUUUGCCUGUAUUUAAUCUCACCAUGGAUGGAAACUCACAGAAUCAGCUGAUAUUAGGUGUCAUGGGAGUUGACGUGCAUCUUGAUGAGAUAAAGCGACUGACGCCACGCUACAAUCUUGGAGCCAACGGAUACAUAUUUGCCAUCGAUCCAAAUGGAUAUCUUCUCCUACAUCCUAACCUCCAACCAAAGCUUGUGAACCUCCCUGAACCUGUGACGCUGGACUUCCUAGACGCAGAGGUGGAGGACACCAACAAAGAGGAGAUCCGCCGACAAAUGAUUGAUGGAAGACCAGGGGACAUGCAGGUCAAAACACUGAUCAAGUCGAUUGACGAGAAUUACAUUGAUGAGGUGUACAGGGGUUACACCUGGACUCCUAUCAACGGCACAGAUUACAGUCUUGGCUUGGUACUACCCCCCUACAAUGAUUACUACAUCCAGGCAGACCUGAGUGAUGUGAUGCUGCAGCUCCAGUAUAUGCAGUCGCUGCUGCCCAGCUCCUUUGAAUCAUCAGGACAUGUGUUUCUGGCUCCACGGGAGUACUGCAAGCGUCUGCACCUUUCUGACAACAACACCCAGUUUUUGCAGAACUUCCUUUCGCUCAUUCUGGAUAUUUCUCCAGAAUCUGAUGAGUGUGACCAAAGCCUCAUCCACAACCUGAUUUUGGAUUCUAGGAUUAUUGGGCAGCUGGCCUCUCGUGUAUGGAAGAACAAGGACCUGAAUUCGUACGGCUUCCUGGCUGUGUUUGCAUCCACAGAUGGUGGAAUAACGCGAGUUUUCCCCAACAUAGCUGCUGAAUUAUGGGAGGAAGAUCCUGAACCCUUUAAUUCAAAUUACUAUAGACGGAGCCUCGACAACAGAGGUUACAUGUUCAGAGCUCCACCCAGAUCCUCUUUGGACGACCCUGUAGGUGCAGAAAACGGCACUCUUGGAAUUCUGGUCAGUUCCGCUGUAGAGGUUAAUUUAGGAGGCAAACUGCUCAAACCCGCAGUGGUUGGAGUGAAGCUGGACAUGGAAGCAUGGGUCGACAAGUUUAAGAUCCUGGCCAGCAACGUGUCAGACAGUCGUCAGGGCUCGCACAAGUGCGGACCAUCCAGAAGUUGCGAAAUGGACUGUGAAGUGAACACUGAUGACCUCCUCUGCUAUCUCAUUGAUGAUGGUGGGUUUCUGGUUAUGUCCAAUCAGAGAGAUCACUGGAAAAAGAUCGGUCUUUUCUUUGGUGAUGUGGACCCUUAUCUGAUGCACGCGCUCUACAACAACUCUAUUUUCUCCCGCCGUCAGUCUUUUCACUACCAGUCUGCAUGUGAACCAGUCAGCAGCAGCCACACCGGUGCAGCACCGAGAGGCAUCUUUGUGCCGUCCAUUGCUGACAUCCUCAGCUUGGCCUGGUGGACGUCCACAGUGGCAUGGUCUGUGGUCCAGCAGCUACUGUAUGGACUGGCCUACAACAGCUUGCUCUACCAAGAUGAUGUCCUAGUUGAAGGUUUUGAGACAAAAGAAAGCAGCUGUGUGACCAUCCAGAGCCAGUUCUACUUCACAAACACCACCAACUCCUACAACGUGCUGCAGGACUGUGGAAACUGCUCACGGCUGUUCCACGCGAAGCGGAUAGAAAACACCAACCUGCUCUUUGUUGUUGCUGAGACGCUUCCCUGCAGCUCCUGUGAGAUCGAGAGAUUGACCCAGGUGAGGACGGAGUUUCAGGAGGAGAAUCCAUGUGAAGUACUGAGCAACGCACGAUAUCGUAAAGGCCCGACUUCCUGCUUUGACUACAGUGCCUUAGAAAACACGUCAGAGUGUGGACGGGGUCAUUCUCUGGAGUCCUCCAUAGGAGUCCUUCUCUUUAUUCAGCUUAUUCUGCCUCUCUUUCAUCUCUGACACGUGCAAACAUCUUUCAUCUCUUUGGGUUAAGGCUCGGAUCUACUGAAGGUCAGAUCAAACAGCAACUGCAAAAUCCUUUUUCUUUUUUUCUUUUUUUUUAAUCUACAAAAAGCACACGAUGCAUUGUGCUAGUGGUAAAAAAGUACCUGGAUCAGCUCUUUGUUAUUUUUUUGCCUUAUUGCAUAUGCAUUUGUUGGUGUUUGAGGGCUUAAAUGCAAAAUAUAGGUAAAGAAUGUGUUGAGUGUGCAUGCUACUUACACUAGGACAAGCAUGUUUGAAAUUUUUUGCACAUGGGCUCAGCCACAUAAUGAAUCACGCAAAAAGUCAGGGAGGCAGCCUAAAUAUACUUUUAAUAGGCCAAUAAAUAAGCAACCUGCUGGAAUAGAUGUACUGAAGGGAGGUUAUCAUAUCAUACCGUAGGAAUACUUUGUAUUACGUAAAAGUCAAAAUUUAAAAAUAAAUAAAAUAGUCCCUAACAUAUUAAUAUGGAAGCAGCAUUUUGAUGUUGUAACUCGUCAAGAUGGAGCUAAUUUUCACUACUUUAUACACUGCUGAGUAUUAUGUCUGUAACAAUCUAUUUAAUAAAAUUUUCUGUGUAAAAUCGUAAAAUGAGAAGUAAGAACUUCUGUCAAUUAUGUAGUGGAGUAAAAAGUCCAAUAUUUUUCUCUACAAUAUAGUGAAGUUGAAUAAUUAAAAGUGCUCUGUGCAGUUAAAGCUUCUGUUUACAUGCGCAGUUCAAAACUAGGGCCCACUUAGAAAAGCAUGGCUCUACGAGUGGUCGGAAACUCCACAUGGUACCUUUUUAAAUAGCAUAAAGUGGAAAUACUUCAGUAAAGUACAAGCAACCACAACAAUACACCCAAAGACAGUAGCAUACUAAAUGGUCUACAUCUAAAUACAAAGCUGGACACGCCUGGUUUUUAUUCAGAGGAUUUCACAGUUGAGUGAUUCAACUGCUUUCAUGAGACAUUAUUCUGAGUUUUUAGAUCUUUGAUUGUAUAGUAUUGUUAAACAACUCUGAAUCUGCUGUAAUUUAUUUAAAUUUUUGUUGGUAUGGAUUUAAAGUUUUCAUACAGUACAACUCCUGGGUAAAGCAGUCCUCGGCAUUUCCACAAAUGACAAUUUUACAUGUGCACACCACACAUUGAGAUAACUGCUGCAGCAUGAGCAUGUAAAUAAAUAGACAAUAAAUAGACAGAAUUGGCUGCUGGUUUAGCUUUAGGGUUCAAAGUCCCACCUGUAGUUCGCUCAGACACUGCUUGUGGCAACUUUAGCUUUUGUUGGCUUAAAAUGAAUUAUCUACUCCUGUUUUCUUUUGCAUGUGGGGUCCUGGUAACUGUUGCUGUACAUAAAGGAGUAAUGCACGUAGAGCUGUUUCUAGUCAAUAGUAGAUCCGGGCCUGAACCUCACAUUCACUUCAGUGUCUUUCAGUCCACCUCUGACCUUUGCCAAGACAAUUUCAGUAUUAUAAAUUGUAUCAUAUGUGACCCAGAAUGAUUUCUUGCUGCCAUUUCAAGUACUCUCUGUCUCUUAAAUCUCUUUAAAUCCAACAGACAGAAUUUUCUGACAGAAGUUAGAUGAUUGAGAAGAGUUUUUUUUUUUUUUUUCUCCUAAAAUUAUUUUCUCAGAGCACUUUGACACAUGAGACAACAGAUCAGAAAAGCCAGUAUGAUGAGUUAUACCAGUGUUAGACCUUCAGCAAGAUUUUGUGACUUUUCAUGACACACAUCAGUGAUAAAACAUCCAUGUAGUUUAAUUGUGAUACAAAGAUUGUUUAAGUCAGGGUUUGUGUUGUUGAAAUGCUUCCACAGAUGCGGGGUAUGAUCUUGAAGUGCUUCCAGUCAGUUCCAGUAAGAGGUUGUUAAAAGAUGUAAAAAUCAAACAGAAGACCAAAAUCAUCAAACAUUCAUUGAUUUUGAGUAGAAGUGCAUCCUCAAUUGACUAUAAUAUUUAAGAGCAGGUGACACUGCGCAGUGUUUAAUGCAAUAAUUCUAUUAUAAUUGGAUACUUUAUUCUAGCAGUGAUAUUUGCUUUGUGAUCAAAUGAAGAGUAAUUCAAAUGCAGUGUUAUCUGUGUAGUCCUAUAGCACACAAUGUGCAGACGUCUGUGUGUGGCCGACAUGUUUUUAAAUGUGUUUGUUGUUUGAUUGAUGGGAAGCUCUUUGUCCCUGUUUUUGUAUCUUGUAUCAUCACUAUUUGUCAAAUCUGAAUUUAUGCACUUAUGUAUGCUUCUGUAUGGGGAAUGUAGCUUCUGAACAGCUUUCGGUGUUACCAAUAUAUUAUUAGUAUGUGAUGCUUUUUGACCCUGAGUUGAGAUUCCCCUGAUGUCUCAUUGAAAGUGAUGAUUCUCUGUGGUAGAAUAUUUUCAUUUUAUCAUGCAUACCUCGUCUUCACAGCGAUGUCUGAUUCAACUUUUUAUAACAUGAUGGAGCUGUAAGACUUACCAGUUUAGUCACAGUGAGCUGUCUGCCCAGUGCUGAAUGUAUGGGCUCAUUACUACAUGAGCUACAAGUUGGUUUUUUUUGUUUUUUUUUUAUCUUUAUUUAUUUAUUUUACCAAACUCCAUUUAUAGUUUAAUAUGACAAACAAUCUUUUUAAAGAUGUUUAAAAACACGUAAGACAUACAGAAACAAAUUGUUCUUCCUCAUCAAAAAAUCCUGAUUCUUAGAAAAUGCAAAUCUUUUUUGCUUCAAAAGUUUAACUGCUGGACACAAGUCAUCUCCUACUUUACUAUUAAGUCUGUUCUCAAUAUAUGUAGGAUCCAAGUUUCCACAUGACACUGGAGGGAGUUGAUUAUUGAUUAUUGGCCCCAAACUAAUUAUGAUGUCACAAAUCAUGCUUGUGUACACACAUGUUAAAGUCUGAUUUACAAAGAAUGAAAUUUUCCCUCUUCAAAAGAUGUUUGUGAAAUGUGAAAACUGCCUUCUAGUGUCGAACUCUGCACAUACAUCAUUCUUCACAGUGGAGGUCAAACAUCUAGGUAAAAGCAAGAAAAUCUAUUUUGAGUGGAGGAGGACUUUAAACCACUUUAAAGCAACAAAGACUGACAGUGGUAGAGACUUUGUGACCUCAAAGUGUAUCCAUAAAGAGUUAUGCAUGAUAAAACCCUGAAAACAUUUUCCCACAGUGACUUAUCAGCCCCUCACUCUGGUUACAGAGUUAGUGGGAGAUAUUUUUAAAAAGCUUUUCUGACAAAAUAUUUGUAAAAUGCUAUUUUUUUCCCCCCCGUCUGCCAGGGUGCUCCACCCUGCAGUGCCUUGUUGCACUUGUUUUGGAUGGCAGGAACAUUUGGUUCUUAGCUGUGGAAGUUCAUCCUGCAGGCCAUGUGACAGACACACUUGAAUUUCAAGGGUUGCUAUGGUUCAACUCUAAAUGGACUCCUUGGUCAGCGAUUAUAUAUUUAAAAAAAAAAUGCUCUUCAUGAACUUAGAUUUUUAAAGAGCACAACAGAAGUGUGUUGAGCAGCUGGCCUCCCCUCCUGCCUUCUCAUGGACAGAUGUUUGUCGAUGCGAUGAGAACAAACCCUGCUGCCCUUCUGCUUCGUGUCGUUUCUCUCUACACUGUGGUUCAGCCUUGAAUCAAAGCACAGACACUAUCCAUUUUCAUAGGUUUCUACUUCGUCCCAUCUGCACACUGUAUAUUCUGUAUUUGAAGCCUGUUGGAAACAUGUACUUUUCCAUUAGGAAACGAGUGAAUGUUUAUGUACAGUAUACCUACUGUUGUGCUUCUCUACUGUACCCCAGCAUGGUGGGGACCUGGAGAAACAGAUUAAAGCUCAACACUGUUUGGAGACCUCAGUUAAAAAAUAAAAAAAACCCACUGCAACAAAAAACUAACAACAACAAAAAAAAAGCUUUUACUCUGAGACCUGCAGUCGGGUCAUAUUGCAUUAUUCAAACAACACUGUUGUACAUUGACGGAAAGACAUUUUGUGGAACUCUUUAUAGCCUACAAUAUAUUACUACUGUUGAGGUCAGUGUUGUAGUUUUGUUUUAAAUUAUCAGUAUUUAUUUGCAUGAUAUUUUGGACGAUUUACAGAUUUGUGUACAUAGCCUGAUGGAUAUUUUACAUUCCUGUCCGCAUCCAGCUCUCCAUCACUCUGGGGAGACGCGAUGGCGCCCUCUGUGGAUAUUUCGGGUGAUGUGGAGGCCUCAGAGCUCUUUGCUGUGUGUAAACAAAUGAAGCUGAAAGUUUGACUUCAGUGAAGCCUACAAUAACUGUCAGUGUUUGCAACUUAGGUGUUUUGCCGCAAGUAAAAAGCACAGAGAUGUUAAGAGUUAUGAGCAACAUACUGCCUGAUCAAACUUUUGUCAUUUACUUAUGAAAAAUGUCUCCAAGUGACAUAAAAACGCUGAUAAUGAUUUAUGCAUUUAAAGGCUGUACAAGAACCAAACACGGCAGUGGCAUGUGUGGGGAUUAAUGAACUUUGUUUAUAAAAUAGAUUUAAAUGUUGCUUAUUUAAUUUAUAUAUUUAUUAUUUUAGUUAUGAUUGAUUUAUUUGGGUAUUGUGAAGAAUAUUUGUAUUGAGCAGAAAGGAACUGAAUGUGAUUGAAGCUUGUGUGGGCACAAUAAGCAGUUUACAAGAAAAUCUGCAAAACAAACAAAAAUAUAUAUAUUUACUGUAUGUCUAUGUCAUUUUAUUUGCUGAGUAUCAAAAGAUAAGAAUGUUAAUGUUUUUGCUGUAACUUUGCUUUUCGUUUUGCUGACGUUGUCGUUUACUCGGGACAGUUUCCUCUCUUUGUGCCAGUCUCCAACGCCACCUCAUUUUUGUACAGACGAUGUGAAGCAGUCUGCAGAAGAUGAAGGUUAACUUUGUAAAGAUUUUGUCAGUCACAUUACAAAAUAGAUAUUUAAAUGUUUAUAUCUUUGGUGAUUAAAUGCUAUUGAUAUUUUUCACUUCA